GCACUCGGCGGCUACGCCAUCGUCUCCGGCGGCUCCAACUCCCACUCCCCCACCCCGCACCGCUCAGAAUCGGACAGCCUGAUGGGCAACGGCCCGCCCGGUGUCGGCGUGGGCGAGGACCACUACUCUCCCGACGUGUACCCGAAGCCGCCCGCCGCCGCAAGCAACAUCUACGGGCCGCUGCACCCGUUCCCGCCUUUGGACUCCAGCAACCUACCACCAGUCCCCCGCAACUGGCGGAGCCCAUCCCCUCACCCAAUCCCCAUCCCCGCCACACCCACCAUCAUCCCCCCCUCCUCCACCGCCUCAAUCUACACCACCAACUCCCCCACCGCAACCCUAACCGGCGGGCACCUCUCGCCGCGCCCCGCGCCCACAGUCCCGGGGAAUAUCACCCACCACCGCCGACGAGAGUCGCUGGCAGAGAACAUUAUGCCCCCACCGCUGCCGCCAAUGUCGGAGCGCUCGAGCUCGGGCGGAUCAACGACACUCCACGGCUCCGGCUCGGAACACAGUCUUAUCAGCCCGCCUAGCACGGCUGGUCACGGCGCACAACCACCACCACAACCAUAUCCACAACCACAACCACAGCAACAGCAGAGAAGACGCGACUUGACACUUAGGAGGAAAAGUGUCCCGCCACCGGAGGAAUCUCACCUGCUCUCGCAGCAGGGUGGCGGUGGCGGCGGCGGCGCGGAUGAGGGCCCUGGCGGGCAGUAUUACUGGUAAUCUGAGGGAGAAACGGUGUAUUAUAUAAGUUUUGUAGGCAAGACAAGCGUUUUUUUAGCGGUUAUCUUUUAUUGUUUUAUCCUAUGGCUGGGCUGCAUUUCUCUUCGUAGGCUGUUCAUUUUCAUAUUUGGAGGGUUUUUUUUCGUUGCACGGAGGAGUUCUCUGCGCUCGGUUCGGCGAGGUUGUGUUUACUACGUAGGUAGGUAGGAGGUAGGUAUUCUGGUUCUUGUAUCAAUGUAAUUCUUCAAAAUA